CAGGUGAUCUCGGCACAGCCGGAACAGGAGGCGUUCUUUCCCAUCGCGCUGGUGGAUCGCCCAACCCAGGAGAGCUUGUCGGAGAACGUGCGGGGGCUGCGCGGUCAGGUGCAUAGGGUAGCUCUACGAGAUGCUAAACGGCUGGCAGAGGCGCGCCGGGACUGCGGUCUGACAGGCGUCCCCGCUGUGCUGGAGCUGGCUCGUGUGGAGGAGGUGGGCUACGGCAAGCUACCUACCCGUCUGUCGACCCAUGAGGCCUUGGGAGCAGUGGACAUUGAUGAGCCGCAGGUGGUGAAGAGUGUGAACAUGCUCGAGGCGCUCGAACCAGAGGAGGCCAGGUACUACAGCGACGAGUGGCUCGUAGUUGCCCCGCCGGAGGCGCGCAGCCGCGAGAUCUUCGAGGAGCUGCAGGCCAAGUUCGGUUUCGUCGGGGGAAUCCACGAGGAGUACGAGAAGUACUUCAGCCGCGCGGACAUGCCGCCCAACCUAUGGCACUUCGGGGACCCGCAGGAGGUGAAGGCCAUCGCGGGCUUCAGCGCAGUGGGCAAUAAGACCAGCGGGCGGCAGCGCAAUAUUAUCAUGAUGGUGGCGGCUAACUACAUGUUUCAGGACCUGAGGGGACGAGCUGAACACGGAUUGCACGGGGGCGGCGCGCUGGCCAGCCUACAUGUCCCCUCGGACGACUGGGCUGCAGCGGCGUUCGACGAGAGCAACGCCUUCUUUUUCGUGGAGGUGCCGAGCUGGAUGUGGGGGUGGCAGUGCGUGCCGCCCGUGCGGGCGUCCGCCGUCUGGUGGCGCCUGACGCCCCGCCAGCGGGGCUCCCUAGAACCUGAGGGCUGGGUCUACCCGAUGUGGCGCCGCUUGGUCAUGGGGAGCUCCCACGGCGUGCACAUCCUGAUGUCGAUCAACGCGAGGAUCUGUUCCAUGGCGCCGAGGCGGAGCUUGGUGGACCCAAAGCGUGAACGUACUCUGCAGUGGCAGGCCCGAUACCAGAUGCUGAAUGACGAUGACUGGGCUGAGCGCCAACGACUCCGACGAGACGACGCCCCCCCUCCGAGUGGGUUUUCGGUGGCGAGCUGGUGCGAGGCAGUGCGCCGAGCGCGGCUGCAGGAGACCCGCGUCAUCGUGGUCAUGCACUUGUUCGCGGGGGCCCGGAGGGGGCAGGACGUGAAGCACUUCGUCGAGGCGGUGAUGGCCGACCUGGAGCUGGAGGUGCGCAUGAUCUCGGUGGGCCUGGCCGAGGACUCGCGGUGGGACCUCGGGCGCGUCGACACGUUCGAGCAGCUCUGGUCUCUGGUGGCCGAGGGCUUGGUAGACGUGAUCCUGGGCGGCCCCCCCUGCUCGACCUGGCUGCGGCCCUCCGAGGUGGAGCGACUGGACGAGGGCAACCGCCUGAUGGUCAACCACCGGGCGUUGUGCGGCGGGGUGGGGGACCGCGGAGGAGCGUGGGCCCUUGAGCAUCCGGGCGACCCUGAGGAGGACCCGUAUCCGUCCAUCUUCGAUGCCGAGAUUUUGAAGGGCCUGGAGUCCACGACAGGAGCGCGGCGCAUCUCUUUUGACCAAUGCAUGAUGGGCGGGCCCUCGCAGAAGCCUACGAGGGUCACAGGCGCGGUGCGACUGGCGGCCGCCGGAGCACUACGCUGCGACGGAGCCCACACAUACGAGCUGAGCUACGGUAAGGUUAACGGGAGCAUUCGGACGACCAAGCUGGCCACCUACCCGCUUCGACUGUGUAGGUGGAUAGCAGAGGGCAUCGUGGCCACGCUGUCGGAGAUGGCGCAGACCGUCGGCGGGCACGCAG